AUGGCAUCCACAGCAACAUCCUCAACAGCAGCAGACAGCGAUAAUUCCCGAGCGCAAGCGGAGGCGAGAGCUGCCGUGUUAGCGUCCCUGGAAUCCGCGGGCUCACACUACGGCGCACAAUACCAGCAACGAGCAGCAGAUCUUCACUCGAACGCAGAAGCCAUUGCCAAGCAGGAGGCAGAACUCAAGAAGAACGCUGCUGCGCUGGCCAAAGACUCUGCUAGGUGGCGAAAAGAAGCCGAGAAGGCCACGAAAAGCCUCAAUGAGGUCGGUGACUUGCAGAACUGGACUGAAAUGCUGGAGACAGACUUCUUGGUGCUAGAAGAGACUCUUAGGCUUGCGGAGAAUGCUCCUGAGCUGCAGAGUGCGAGUGGAGGAUCUCAGUGGCGAUGA